GAAGAAUGAAGAAUUAAGGAGGAGGAGAAAAUAGGCGCGGCCCAAUCUUCCUACUCAAAGUUACACUUCAACACCAGAGCGAUGAAAAAGAUAUGGGGCGGAAGAGGAUCAGCAGCGGCCGAAUGGCCGGCGAUUGGAAUCGAUCUCGGAACCACUUACUCUGUCGUCGGAAUUUGGCAGCCGAAUCAGGGCCGGGUUGAGAUCAUCACGAACGAUUUAGGCAACCGCACGACGCCGUCUUGGGUUGCCUUCACCGCUGCUGAUCGAUUGAUCGGCGAAUCUGCUCAGAACCAGGCCGCAUUCAAUCCCUCCAACACCAUCUUCGAUGUGAAGCGACUAAUAGGAAGGAAAUUUAACGACACAAUAGUACAAAAUGACAUGAAGCUCUGGCCAUUUAAAGUCACAGCUGGCACUGACGAUAAGAGUGCUGAGAAACCUAUGAUAGUAGUGACUUACAAGGGUGAAGAGAAGACAUUUGCUGCCGAAGAAAUAUCUUCAAUGAUCCUCCAAAAGAUGAAGAGCAUUGCUGAGGCCUAUCUAGGCAAAAAAGUCAAGAAUGCUGUUAUCACUGUUCCUGCAUACUUCAAUGAUGCACAGCGUCAGGCUACGAAAGAUGCUGGUGUCAUUGCCGGGCUCAAUGUCUUGCGUAUCAUCAAUGAGCCCACAGCUGCUGCAAUUGCUUAUGGUCUCGACAAAAAGGGAGUUGGAAAAGGCAAUCCUGCUUCAAAGAACAUACUGGUCUUUGAUCUGGGUGGUGGAGGGGAUUUCAAUAAUAGAAUGGUGAGCCACUUUGCAGCUGAGUUUGAGAGGAAACACAAGAAAGACUUGAGUGGAAGCCCCAGGGCUCUAGGGCGGUUGAGAGCGGCUUGUGAGAGGGCCAAGAGAAACCUCUCUUCAGCCACUGAAACAUCCAUCGACAUUGAGUGUCUCUUUGAGGGCAUCGAUUUCUCUUCGACCAUCACCCGUGCACGGUUUGAGAAAAUGAACUUGGAUCUGUUCAAAGGUUGUAUGGAGCUAGUUGAAAAGUGUUUAAAGGAUGCCAAAAUGGAGAAGAGGGACAUUCAUGACGUUGUUGUGGUUGGUGGGUCUACCCGGAUCCCUAAGGUUGAGGAACUGUUGCAAGAACACUUCCUCGGAAAGCUCUCCAAAAGUAUAAACCCUGAUGAGGCGGUUGCCCACGGAGCAGCUUUUCAUGCGGCAUCUCUGGCUGGUGUCUGUUUGGGUGUGAAUAAGGAUGUCGUGCUUUUGGAUGUUGCUCCAUUAUCUCUUGGGAUUCGGGUGCAUAGUGGUGAUAUGUCUGUUGUGAUUCCAAGGAAUACCCCCAUCCCUACAAAGAGGACCAGGCACAAUUACCAAAAUGUUCAUGACAACCUAACAUCUGCUUUGUUCUCUGUGUAUGAGGGGGAAAUGCCAAAAGCAGAUGACAACUAUUUCCUGGGCGAAUUUUCCCUCCACAACAUUCCUCCAGUGCCCGUUGGUGUUGCUAAGUAUGAUGUUGAUUUUGAGAUCGAUGCCAAUGGCAUCUUGACUGUGUCUGCAGUACUAGUGGGUAGUGACAACUGGGACCAAAUCACAAUAAUCAAUCGCAGCUUGAGGCUGUCAAAGAAGGAUAUUGUUGGGAUGGUGAAGGAGGCCGAGGAGUACAAGGCUCAAGAUGAGGAGCGUAAGAAGGCAGCCGAGGCCAGGAAUGCAUUGGAGAAUUACAUUCACCACUUGAGGGAGUUAAGGCACACUUUGAGCAGUGGGGGAAAUCGUGUGAGGAUGGAGGUGAACUUGAUCGUUUUGUCAGAUGCAAUUGAGGAUGCGGCUCAAUGUUUGCAUUUGAAGGAUAAUGGGCUUGCCAAAGUUGACAUCUUUCAGGGGAAGAUGAACGAGCUGCAGAGGAUAGUUGGCCAUUUAUUCCCAAGCUGGAGCGUCCCCAGGGUUGUGCAUUAUUCGAACCGACCUGAAGCAGCGAGGCGCCGCUUCCCGUCCGCCGUCGCCGUUCUAGCUCAUUUCUCCGCCGCAUCCGGUCAGUCCGCGAGCAUCAUCCCCAGAAAAGCCAUGGCAAAGAAGCGAGAUAGAGUGACAAAUCCGGAGCCAUUUCUUGCUGGAGCAGAUGAGAGUUCAAAAGCCUCUUCCCGCAAACGCUCUAAAGCUCCGAAAUCCCACCAGGAACAACAGAAGGUAUUAUCUUCUGGUAUGAGCUCCAAGAUACUGAAGGAGGCUUUAAUUCAGCAAAAAGAAGUUGAAGAGGAAGAGGCUCAACAGCAGAACCAUGGCGGCUUAGUUUUUAAAAAAGAUCUUUUAGCUGAGGUUGAGGAGGAGGAGGAGAAUGAUGACGACGAUGAUAAUGAUGAUUUAGACAACUUUACAGGGUUUUCUGAAACCAAUGAAUAUGUUGACGUCGAGGAUAAGGUUGAUGAAGAAGAGGAAAGGUUAUUGGCAGCUUUUUUAUCAACAGAUGAUUGUCCCCAGAGGACUUUGGCCGACAUUGUCAUAGAGAGGCUAAAACAAAAGGAUGCCCAAGCUUCUACGGAACUGCAAGUGAUGCCCAAUUUAGAUGUGUCCAUUAUUAAUUUGUACAAAGAAGUUGGCCAAUCUCUUAGCAAAUACACAUCAGGGAAAAUUCCAAAAGCUUUUAAACACAUACCUGCAAUGAGGAAUUGGGAGGAUGUCUUGUAUCUGACUGAACCGGAUAAAUGGUCACCAAAUGCUAUGUACCAAGCCACGCGACUUUUUGCUUCAGCUAUGGGUACGUCAAAGGUAGAGCGCUUUUACAAGUUUGUAUUGCUUCCACGUGUCAGGGCAGAUAUUAAGAAAAACAAGAAGCUGCAUUUUUCCCUACAUCAAUCUUUGAAGAAAGCUCUUUUUAAACCAGCUGCCUUCAAUAAAGGAAUCUUGUUCCCAUUGUGUGAGUCACGAACUUGCACUACACAGGAGGCUAAAAUCUUCAAAGGGGUUCUUCAGAAGUCAUCUUUUCCAGCCCUUCAUGCUAGUGUUGCACUGCUGAAGCUUGCCGAAAUGGAAUACUGUGGCACAACAAGUUUCUUCAUACAGAUACUGAUCGAAAAGAAAUAUGCUUUGCCAUACCGUGUCCUCGAUGCAAUGGUUGCCCAUUUCUGGAGAUCCUAUGAAGAGCCAAAGGUUAUGCCUGUGAUCUGGCACUUGUCCCUUCUCUGCUUUGUGCGAAGAUACAAAGCUGAUUUACUGAAAGAAGAUAAAUCUAAUAUCAUCAGACUGGUGGAAAAACAAAGGCACCACUUGAUUACUCCUGAAAUACUGCAGGAGUUGAAUAAGAGCAGAAGUCGCGGGGAAAAAGAGGCGGAUCCCAUGCCAAUAUCCACGCCCGUUUGUGUUAUGAAUAAAACAAUUGAUGAAGAUAGGUUUGAUAUCCCUGAAGUUCCCAUGGAGGAGGAUUAAAGUAUUUGCUGGGGGCACUGGCCUCUGAGUGAGAUUGUUCUUUAAAUUUUGACUAUUUGUGUUUGCAGUAGGUUCUAUUUUUGUUUUCUCUUUCAAAUGUUUACUGGGAUUGAGAGUUUUGUUGCUACUGUUAUGUGUUUCAAAUGUUAUAUUGUAUGCAACUUGGGUCCUCUAAUCGGUG